AUAAAAGGUAGCCUAUAGCACUCAGGAAUUAUUUAGCUUCCUAUUACUGAAAACAAAAUCAAAAUCGGUUUAGUAAUUCCUGAGAUUAGCGCGUUCAAAUAAACAAAUUCUUCACCUUACUGACGAGCGCAAUGCAAUGCAUUUCAGUGCCUUGUAAUUAAAAGCUCGGAUAGUUUUGUUAAUCAUAAUGAGCAGUCUUCUACUUACCAACAAGCGAGUGGUGUCGUCGUUUUGACAUUUAUAAAAAAAGAACAUUAUUUUGUUACAUUUAAUGCGAUAAUGGCUUGUAGCUAUAACAACAAUCCUACACUUGUUAGUCGAGCCCGAGAACUUCGGCUAAACAAAAAAUAUUCCCGGACUUGGAUUCCCAGCAUCUACUUCUCAAUCAAUAUUAAUGUAACAUUUCGAUUCUGAAAAAAAACAUUUUCUCGAAUUAUGAUUUCCAUUAGUUUUGAAUACAGGGUUUCUUCUUAUCACAAUAUAGGUAUCAUUCCAUGUUGUGGGUACAAAUGUUAUUAAUUUUAAGUGUAUUAAUUACAUCUCUGUUUACGGCUUCAACAGUAAAGACGUUGCAAUCAAAUUCCAAUUAUUAAGAAAAUAUUUAUCGCAAUAAUCCUAACAUCAUUCAGUUUAGCUCGCUAUUAUAUUUCGUCCGAGUUAUGCCAAAAUGUACCAACUACUAAACAAUAUUUGUGGAUUAUUUGUUACAGCUGGAUUUUUCUAUAUACAAAAAUAUUGUGUGGAUUUGUUCUCACAUACUUUUUUGUGUUACAUAUAAAUAGAUUUUGGCGUGUUUGCUGAAUUGUAAAGUAUUACAUUCGGUUUAAAUGGGUUUUAAAUAUUAAUAACUUAUUUCUGGAUAAUUUUUAGGUUGGUACAUUUUGGCAUAUGUAAGUCCAUUUGACCUAACGAUUUGCUCUAAAUUACAACGUUUCAAUUUCGUUUUAACCACAAAAGUGAUAUCGCGUAAACGAAAACCAACCUCGUUAACUAAGAAGGUCCUGUUAUGUUAAUGUUUAUUUAUGUUACAUAAAUGAUAUUUAAAUUUUCAUGUUGGUCAUAAUUAUACUCCUUGAUGUCUCGUCCUCUAUGAUGAGUGGUUAUUAAUGUAGUCUCGGCCUUUCAGUCACUGGCGUCACAUAAUUUUGAAGAAUUUUGUAGAAAACGGAACGCAUCUUUAGCUGUACUGUCACCUGUCACUGUAACUAGCUUCAUUCGGUUUUUAUGUCAAUCAAUGGCGUCCAGGUUUUUUUUCCAAGUCUAGAAAAUUUAAUUGCGACAAUGGGAAAAAGACGUUCGGAGGAAGAAAAGAAAUCGAGGCUUCUUCGAAAAUUAAGAAGAAUAGAGAAGAAAAUUCAUAAAUUAGACAGCGACACAGAAGAUAUACCUUCUACAAGCAAAGUCCUCGCGUCCAAUAGCCCCGAUAAAAAUAGCCAAGCGGAAGAUGAAAAUAUCUUUUACAAUGAAUUCCCUAAUGAAGACACAGAAAUGGAAACUCCUGUAGAAGACACAUUAGAUAACAGUAUCCUUGAAAUACUUGGAGUGGUUCCAGAAUCAAAAGAAAAGGAAGAAAAUCUUAAAAAAGAAUUAGUUGAGAGAUGGGAUAACAUUAUAAAGAAAGGUUUAGAUAAGGAAGGAAAAGAAACAUUAAGGAAAGAAAAUCCAGGAUUCAAUAAUUUUCUACAGAUGUUUCCACCCAAGCUAAACCCGGAAGUAAAUGCGGCAAUAAGCGAUCCAGCAAAAAAGAGAGACCAGACAAUUUUAAGGAGGCAAGAGCAAAUUGCUACUGCAUUGACAUGCUUGGGCUCAGCACUCAAUAUCUGUCUGAAUGACAUGGAAAAACAAAAGUUGGACAUUAUAAAAAAGCUUAAUGACGCAGCAAGAAUUCUAUGUGACACUUUAUAUAUUGACACAAGAAGUCGUAGAUCGCUCAUAUUAGCAACUAUCAACAAAGAGAUGAAAGACUUCUUGAUCCAGUCAGAACCACAAGCUCAUCUUUUUGGGGAGAAUCUCUCAGAGAAAAUUAAAACUGCAAAAGCAGUCCAACAAUCUGGAAAGGACUUAAAAUUAGCCAAUAAACUUAAACAAAUAGUGUUUAGAAAAAAGGUGCUAUCUUCAAAGGAAAAUAUUCCUAAAAAUAAAGCUUUAAACUCACGGGGCCCUCCUCACACAGCAACGAAGAGGAAAUCACAUGCAGGGGGGCCAGCAGUACAACGGGAACAGGACAGGAAGUACCGGUACCGUCAGAAGUAAAUGCUCAGAUCCAUACACCCACUACACCAGAUAUUGAAAUUGAUGGCAGGAGUAUUAUCAGGGAAACAUUCAUAAAGGCAGGAAUGGACAAUGAAGCAGCGGACAUAAUGAUAAGUUCCAUUUCUAAAAACACAAUGAAACAAUACUUACCGUUAAUCAUAGA